CGCUAUUACUAUUCUAUGUCGGCUCGGGCCGCGUCGAUAGUGGACGUGUUCGUAUUUUAAUUGAUUUGAAAUCGUUAUUAUUUCUUAAAUAAAAAAAACAAACAUUUUGAAACCACGCGAACGGUUAUUGCCGUGGGUGUAAAGUGACUAUUUAUUUAUUUAUCCCGCUGUGACAAAUAGUUUUAUUUUUGGUUUUAUAAAUUGACAAGUGAGCAUGUGUUAUGUGCGGUAUUUAUUAUUAUGCGAAUGGAUUGCUUUGCCGGCGAUAUAGUUUGACACGAGAUGACCCGACUAAUGAAGAUAUUUUUCUGUAACCUCCCGCUCCCGCUGUACCUCAUGCCCUAUGGUGCAUCCCGAUCUGAAAACGCACGCAUCCUUAAACACUUAUAAAGGUGCAGAAUGAGAACAAACAAAAUAAUGCGAAACACAAAUCUCGGCGAUGCAAAAGAAGAUUUAUGAUGACGACGAAAAUGGAUGAAAUGAGACUAGAAUUGACCUGAUCGUGACUUAAAAGUGAAGUGGAAAAGUGGACUAUGAUGUGGUUGUGUUAGGACUUUGAAUAUGCCUGAUCGGGAGUCAGUGGGAGGUCCCGGGAACUCUGGAAGCGGUUUCCUACCACUACAGUUUCCCUCGGCGUUUGCUGCCUUCCAUGCUACGACCCCACCAGGGACCCCGUCCGCAGCUAUGCAUCACGCUACGCAUUAUCAUCAUCAUGCUCAGUUAGCUGCAGCAGCGGCAGCGGCGGCAGGAGCCACUAGCGAGCUGAGCUACCUUGCUGCGCUCCACCCCGCCUACCGCCCAGUGCCCUAUGACCAUCCCCUGUACGGUGCUAACACCUUAAGAGGCUUGGAGUACUUAAGUGCAGCAAGGAGCUUACAUCCAGAGCUUCAUGCCGGAAGCACGCUCGCGAGCCAAGACUUUCAACUUAGUUUAGAUGGUUCUAGAAUAGCGUCUCCAACGAGAUUAAGGUUAUCGGGCGGUGCAAUCGGCGCUUCUGCGAAUCGAAAACGGGCAGUCUCGUGGAGUCCGUAUUCUGCGGAAUCUCUGGACUUAGCUGCCGUGAUCAGGGCGUCUCCAGCUAGUUUGGCAGUCAGAGCGCCGUCCGCUGCUUCCACGGGAAGCUAUGGACACCUUAGUGCAGGAGCGAUAUCUCCAGCCCUUUCCCUCUCCCAUGCUUCGUUGGCCCAACAAUUGUUGGCUAGAGGAGGAGUGGUGGGAAGCAGCGGAGUACUGGCCGGAGGCGUACUGCUAGAUCCUGCGCAUCAACAGGCGGCAGCAGCUGCUGCUCAUCAUGCCGCUCAUGCCCAUCUGGUAGCUGGCAUUCAUAGAUCUCACAUAUCGUCACCGACACAAUUGCUCAUGGGUCCUGUGGAUGUCAGACAGGGCUUGGGACUAGAUGGAACCCCUCCUCAGCACCUCCAACAGCCUUCGCAGCAACCUGAAAUCACUAGUGUUAUGGAAGCUGAUAGUGCUACAGGGCUGAUGCAGCGCAAGUCGCCUCAGGGUAUUCUCACGCACCGAGAUAACGUGAGCAACAAGCCGCUCUCGGCCGCCGCGGAGAGCACAGUCCACGACGGCCUCGACUCCAAAGACGAGCCAGGAGAUUUUAUCGAAACCAACUGUCAUUGGGUGGACUGCAAGCUUGAAUUUCCCACUCAAGAUGAUUUGGUGAAGCAUAUCAAUACGGACCACAUACACGCCAGCAAGAAGGCGUUCGUCUGCCGCUGGGUCGGCUGUUCCCGAGACGAAAAGCCUUUCAAAGCCCAAUACAUGCUUGUCGUUCACAUGAGGAGGCACACUGGAGAGAAACCUCAUAAGUGCACUUUCGAAGGCUGCUGCAAAGCGUACUCCAGGCUGGAAAACCUGAAGACCCACCUCCGGUCGCACACUGGAGAGAAACCGUACACCUGCGAGUAUCCGGGGUGCGCUAAAGCUUUUUCCAACGCGAGCGACAGAGCUAAACAUCAAAACAGAACGCACAGUAAUGAGAAACCGUACGUCUGUAAAGCGCCGGGCUGCACCAAGAGGUACACCGACCCCUCCUCGCUCCGGAAACACGUGAAAACCGUUCACGGAGCCGAGUUCUACGCGAGUAAGAAACAUAAGGGUUGCACGAGAGGUGACGACUCCGCGGAGUCUGGCGGCGGUGGCGCAGGGUCGUCUCCUCGUUCGGAGGAAGGCGGAGUACCACCCGCGAUCCGGGGUCACACAUCAUCGGCGUCCGUCAAGAGCGAGAGUCCCGCGUCGCCCAUACCGCACGGCUUGCACACUUCCGCCCACCAGUUGUCUGCGCAAUGCGGUGGGGAGCUGGACUUCGGCGGCGGCCUGGGAGGAUACCGGGAUGAAAACGGCCUGCCGUACUUCAGAUUAGACGGAGAGAUCGAGCAGGAAGUGGUCGGUGAAGUGGGACAGUUGCCGCUGAUGCUGCGAGCUAUGGUCGCUAUCGGCGAGCCCCGCGCCGCCCCGCACGCCCCCCGCCUCGGGAACAAGAUGGCGCUCGCGAGGAUGCCACCGCCACACGCCGACCUCGGAGGAGGCGGGGUCACGGGGAGGACAGAGCUGGGCAGCACCAACGUUGGGGUGGAACUGAAGACCGGGGCCUCUAACACGAGGCGCGAUUCUGGAAUCUCAAGCGGCAGUAGCCUCUACAGCGCCAGGUCUUCGGAUAUAUCUCGUAAAAGCAGUCAAGCAUCAGUUGUAUCGGGAGCAGUGGCGGGAGGAGUCGGGGCGCAACGUCUAGUCGCGCACCACACCGCGGCGUACGACCAGCUCUCUCCCGACAGCAGUCGAAGAUCUAGUCAAGUUUCGUGUGCGGGAUACGCACCUCCGCCCUCAUCAGCCCUGGCCGCUGUGCAGGCCGUCAGGACAUCGCAAGGGAAUCAGGCCAUCCUACUCCGGGGAGUCACAUGUUCUGAAGUCAGGGCAGAGGAACUAGCAUUGGAGUUGGAUCCGAACGUUCAAGUGAAAGAAGAGGCGAGAAGACUUUCGGAGCAGUCGAACUUAAGUGAUCAGACCCAAGGCUACCAGCCGUACCCUUGCGGAACCGACGGUUUGGGCGACGCUCCGUUCCCGUUCAAAACUGAAUGCGACCAGGAAACUGUGACGUAUAAGGAGUCACGGUCCAAUUCCACCAGCACCGUGGUGGUCACCACGGCACAGAUCCACCACCCCAACCAGGAAGUCAACUUGGAACAGGUGGCUGAAGGUGAAAUGGUGGAGAAUAAGCUGGUGAUACCCGACGAAAUGAUGCAAUAUCUUAACCAAUCAAUAUUGGCAACCGAAGCGGAAACAUCAGCUAAAACGGACUCCGCAAAUCGACCUAACACAGAACCGAGUCUAGAUAAGGACAGUGCUACCAAAGACAAUACCACAAACGAACAACAAAACACUAAUAAUUCCAGUGAUAAAGUCAGUGACGUAGCGACCAGUGACGAUUCUCUACUUAAAAAUCUAGGUGCCAUAGGAAGUGAUCUCAAUAUAAGUGAUAUUCAAGUCGAUUUAAGGUCGUUAGACGUUAGUAUGUCGGGCAACAGCGGCUCUCUUCUGGCUGUCAAAACACCCGAAGAUAAAACUCCUCUACAAGAACAAGUCACCCCGGAAGUCAAAGCAGAGAACAAAGAAAGGGAAACGAAGAAGUCGGAUCCGAAUCCUUUGCAAUCACUGCAAACGAUGACAGCCAACCAGACUGAACAAUCCAAUAAAAUUAGGGCUAAUGCUCAGAAACAGAAUAAGACGAAUACUAAGACUAUAAUGAGUCAAAAUAUUUUGAGUCCGCAGAACCUGCCUCACAGCAUGUUGAGUCCACAAAGCCUCCCGCACAGUGCAAUGAGUCCACAAAGCGUUAUGAGUCCGCACAAUAUCCCACAAAAUAUUAUGUCCCCUCCCAGUGCUUAUAACGUGAUGAGCCCCCAAAGUGCGAUGAGUGUAAUGUCCCCGCAGCAUAAUGCCAUGAGCCCACAAAGCAUGCAAAGUCUCAUGAGUCCACAGAUACCCAACCAAAUAAUGUUGAGCCCUCGUCACAAUAACGUCAGUAGCCCCAUGUCACAGAAUAUGGCUAGUCCCAUGAUGAACAUGGCUAGUCCGAUGGGACAGACCAUAGCCAGUCCCAUGAGCCACGGUAUGCCCAGCCCCAUGCAUCCAGGAAUGCAAAGCCCAAUGGGACAGGGCAUGGCAAGUCCAAUGAUACAAAACAUGCCGGUGGCUAUGAACGGACCUGUGAACCCCAAUCUCCAAAAUCAAAUGAUCAACGUUAAUCAACAACAAAUGGCUCUCAACUAUCGGCCCAACUGUCACAGAAUGCCGGCUCGGCCAAAUAUGCCGAUGCCGAACCAGUACACGCAAAAUUACAAUAACAACCAACCACCACAAUAUCCAAUGCAAAACCAAAAUGUUAACGUGCACCAUCAAAACGUGCAAAAUUAUCAAAUCAUGCAAUCUUACAACCAGAACCAAGCACCGACGGUCAAUCAAAUGGUUCAAAAUCAGAACGUUCAUUAUCCGAACCAGCCUAUGAUGAACUACCAACAGAUGAACUUCAACCAGAACAGCCGUGCUCACCCGAUGCAGUCGUCUAGAUCGUCCAUGAUGAGCGUCGACAACAGCGGCAAUAUGACCCGGGGUGUAAUGACCAGUUACUGCGACACGCAACACCAGUGCCCGCCCGCACAGACCAACCAUUACAACCAGAACGUACAGUACCCUCAGCCGCCUCCAUACAAUGCCGUCGUCAAUAACAACGUGAUGGGACCUCCACCACCGAAGAACAAUCACCAAUACAACCAAGCUAUGAUGAACAAUAACCAAUAUUACAAUCACCAGAGGCCUUACAACCAAUGGGACUAUCCAGGCAAUCAGUUCAACAAACACAAUCCACAGAAGUCCACACCGAAUUCCGUGAACAUGUCGACGGGAAGCCAGAAACAAGUCAAGUGCAACCGGCUGACGAACUGCAACCAAAUCAAGAACGACCAGGCUGAUUGCAGCAUGAACAGCCUGAGGAGCCAAAACAAUCAGCCCAGCGAAGUCCAAGUCUGGGACAUAUCUCAGUCGCAAAUCGAAGCGAACAACGGAAGACGGAAGACCCAAAACAAUUCAAUGAGACAGGAAACUUAUCAGAGAACGCUGGAGUACGUCGAGAACUGUGAAAACUGGAAGAGUUCUGAAAUGGUGUCGAGCACCACGCAUCCCCUGCAAGGCGAUAAUAUGGUUGUGAAUGACCUCCAGACGUCUUUGUCUUCGUUUUACGAGGAGAAUCAAUACCUCCAAAUGAUUCAAUAGUUGCUUAAGUGUAUUAUUAAUAUUUUUUUUGUAAAAUCAAGGACAUAAACUACAUACUUGAACAGUGCACUAAUGCCACAUAUUCGAUUUCUAAUUCACUUAUUGUAGGGCAGUUAACAAGUGAGAGUGUACGUAAUGUACUAUGCUCAAGUUUCAGAAGUCAAUCGAAGCAACCAUACCAUUUUUAACUUUCAACGAAAUAAUAUAAAGAAACACGUUUGGCACUCUGGGACUGCCGCGGUAAAGCUAUUGCAUAGCAUUUUUUAUCAACUUAUGCAAUUGUAAUGAGACAAUAAUAAUUUAAUAUUAAAACAAUAAUUAAUAAGACCACGCUAUAUUUAUAAAUAUUAACAAAAGCAAAACAUUAACUGUCCCCUUCACACUCACAAGCUAAACCGUGCGCUAAACUAAACCGUGUUGUGCAUGCAGUGCGACGUCACGCCGCGCGCUUAUUCACAAACACUACACAAGCGCAACGUGUGAAUGUGUUGAACGCGAGCUACAUGGUAGGCGGAGUGGGGGAGUGUUAGGUUUUAUUUUCGUUACGAAAUUUCUUGAUUCGAUCGCUGCGCUCAAAGCCCGCCAUAAAAGUAUGCAAACAUGGCAAAAUAAUUAUAAUAAUAAAUGCGAAGAUAUGUGAUAUUGGGUGGAUCUUUAAUACUCAUUCACGCAAUAACUACAGCACAGAUUUUGAUGAAACUUCAUAAUGCUAUAGUUUAUUUAACCAAACCACAUGAGCUAUAAUCUAGUACGAAAAAUGUACGGCAGGUGGCGCGGUUGUAGUUUCAAUUGCCCUAUAUUUUUCAUGCCAUUUCCCUGUGAACCGGAAUAAUUUUAGUUCCUAACGCGUUAGUGGGUGGAUAUGACCUCGUAAAGGUCAGUCGUUUGAAGAUCCGUUCUUUGGAUACCCGUUUAACACUGAAUACGAGAUGUCGGAUCGCUACCUCUCUGAAAACCUCUGUUCAGGUUCGUGGAUUAUGUAUCCUUGAUUCUUGGUGCAUUGAAACAUAGGUUGUUGCUACACGUCCCUUCGAGACUGAUUAUUUUUUAAAACAUACUUUUACAUAUAAAAAAUUUAAAAAAAAAACCUUAACCUAAGUUCUAAAAUUUAAAAGACAUCGUUUGAGAUUGUACAUAACAAAUCGUCUUCCAAUAGUACUAUUAUUGCAUUUACAUGUAAUUUUGUAGCUUUUUACAUAAAAAAAAUGUGCCUUAGAAUGUACAUACACGAAACUGUACAUACUUUUAAGAUACAAUGUAUUUUGUGCCUUAAACGUUCUUGGAUUACGUAUUAUUUUGUAUUUUUAAUUUUUAGUCUAUCACAUAAGUGAUCUAUGAGAUUAUUAGCUGGAAUAAAAUUUUGUACAAAAUAGAUAUUUUCAUUAGGAUUUUUAUUGUAAUAUCGAUCGUUAAUUAAAUAUUAACUAACAUUAAUUUAGUUAUGAAUCUCUUAGAAAUAGUUUAUUAUAAUUUUUUAAUUGAGAUUACUAGUUUUUAAAUAUUUGUUAAUGGUAUUUAAAUUUACGCACAAAACGAAAGGUAGAGAAAUAAAUGAACUGUAUCUUGUAGUAAAUUAUUUGUUUUAUACUGUUUUGUAAUAGUUGGGGGACAUCUGUGACAUUUAUUUUCAAAUAAAUAUUCUUGAAUGAAAAUGUGGCAUCAUUAA